AUGUUGAGACUAUCAAGAAAUUUCUUUGAAACCCUAACCACCAUCCCCGAUGACGCCUGCUCCUUUGACAAGGCUUGUGCUGCUUGCAAAUACGAGGGGAGAAAGUGCACAAAAAGCUGCCCUCUAGCUCCUUUCUUCCCACAAGAAGAACAAGAACAACAAGAGCAGGUUCUAAAUGCUCCUAACAUUAUGGACUACGACAUCACAAUGAUGAUCAAAGCAGUUGAAGAAUGUCAACGUGACAUAGAAUUGCAUAACCGUAUCUUCCGUGCUAGAUCUUGUACCUUUGAUCCAUUAAGUGGGGUUUACAACAUCAUGUCUGAUCUCAGGUGCAAGAUCCAUUGUUUGCAGGCUGAUCUUAACUUAGCUCAUCAACAACUUAUUAUGUAUCAUUCUCUAGGUCAGCAAAAUAUUUCGCGUGAAGGAGAUCUUUUGGAACAACAAAAUCAAGAGAUUCAAAUGCUUGAACAGAUCAGGAAGUUGAAACUUGAGAAGUAA